AUGACGACCGAUAUACAAACAAGCCUACAGGCGAAAAAUGCGGCCUACGCGGCAGCAUUUACCAAAGGAGACUUGCCGCUUCCGCCGGGGAAGAAGUACUUAGUUGUUACCUGUAUGGAUGCACGCAUUGAUCCCGCAGCUGCGUUUGGAAUUGGCUUGGGCGAUGCCCAUGUGAUCCGCAACGCCGGGGGCAGUGGUCGCGACGCCCUGCGGUCCAUUCUGAUCUCAGAGCAGCUGCUUGGGACCCAGGAGAUUGUUCUCAUCAAGCACACCGGCUGUGGAAUGCUAACUUUCACCAAUGAGGAUGCCCAUGUGCUCGUGCAAAAGAAUUUGGGGCCGGAAGCCGCUACAGAGAUUGCCACUCUCGAUUUUCUGGCGUUUCCGGAUCUGGACCAAGCCGUGCGCGACGAUGUCCUUUUCUUGAAAAAACAUAGUGCCAUCCCGGAUGAUGUCACUGUGAGUGGUUGGGUUUAUAGCGUCGAGACUGGCCGCGUACGCCGUGUUGAUUAA